CGAAGAUUAUGUAAUGAGCCCUCUUCUGUCCUCCCACGAGUAAUGAGUUCGCCACCAGCUGGCUCUACGGCAAUGCAUCUGUCCGUCAUCCUUCGCUUCACCGCCUUUUUGAUGGCCGUCACACACUGCCAUGCACUCUUCCCGCCGCCACUGCAAAGAGCCUCCAACACGACUCAUCUUCACCCAUAUCGGCUCUCUCCUUCCCAGCGGACGGCCUUUGUGAUGCUCGGCACGAGGAGGCGCCUGCACAGAGGGCCGUUCAAAGGCCGGGACCAAGGCAUAUUCCACCGGAGGCCUAUUGUCGAGGGCGACACAUUCAAGGACUGUAAGCUAGCCCUGUCCGCAUGUGCCAUAUGAAUGCAUUGUGUGUUGUCUUCCUUGUGUUUUUGUGCCCGCAGGUGAGUACUACAUGCCGAAUAAGUGCGACCCCGAGUCCAGAGAGGCGCCAUGCACGUAAUGACGGACGGAUGGAUCGAUGGAUGCCAGGCUAUGUGGCAAAGCCCUUCCUCCCUCCUUCUCCCUAUAUGUCUCUCUCUGGAUGCUUGUUUCAGCGCGUGUUGGUCGACGUGUGCAAAGACUGCCGACUGCAAGUCGCACAUGGUGCUGUCCAACCCAAAGGAGUGGAAACUCGUACCAGACGCCAAAUACGUGAGCCAAAACCAAACCACCUCCAGGAUGCACAUGACAUGCGGUUGCCCUCAUCUCCAUCCCCGUUAUCAUGCAUGUUUCUCUCCAUGCAUCCAUCAGUCGAAGACUUGCGGCAGUCCGUUCCAGAACAAGUUCCGCACUCUCUGCGUCACCGAGGCAUGUGACCCAGAAAAGGACAACUGCGGGGUAUGGCAGUGGAUCCCCCCGACACAACACACACACACUGGACAUCCACUCACUCGUCCACGAACACCUGUCUCUCCCUUGUUUAACAGGGCCCGGUGACUCGCGAGGCGCGCGAGAGGGAAGAGUCUGAUGAGGAAGAAACGAAGGCAGUCAAGGAGAAGACAGCGGGGGGCAAGAAGAAGGAGGAGGGCUUCAACAUGACACCCAUCUACAUCGGGGUGGGCGUGAUCGUGAUCGUCUUCCUUGUUGGCGUCAUCUUCCUCUUUAGAGGCUGAGC